ACUCAUUCUGCAACCAUGUCAAUCACAGAAAAUAUUUCAUUCUGGCAGAGUUCUCAAUUGACAUGGAAUAGCUCUAUCUUAAAUAUGGAUAGAAGGAUAGGUUAUUGAUAUAUUUAAUUCAGUUAUAGCAAUUACAAUUGUUUGGAUAUAAAAUCUUCUUUAAAGUUAACAUCUAAAAGAGUGAAAUCAUUUUAAUUACAGGGUAUUAACAAAAUUCUACCAACAUGUCCUUUCCUUGGCCUUUGCUGUGAAGGAGAUCAAUAAGAAUCCACAAAUCCUGUCUAAUGUCACUCUUGGCUUCCAUAUCCAUGACAACUAUUAUCACCCAAUGGUGACCUAUCGGACCACCCUGGACAUGCUCUUCAAAUCCCAGCACUUUGUCCCCAACUACAAAUGUGACAUCAUGAAAAACCUCAUAGCCGUUAUUGGGGGACUCAGCUCUGAAACCUCAUCCUAUAUGGCAGAUAUUGUAGGUUUAUAUAAGAUACCACAGGUAAGCACUUGAAGAAUAAACAUAGGACAUUCUUUUUCUCCCUUCUAGAAAAUAAUGAUAAUUACUUAGCUGAAUAACCUUACAAAAGAUUGCUUUCAUGAAUAGGAAAAUUACUAUAUGCUCCCAGUAAUAUGUUUCUACAGAAUAUGUUCUUUGUUUUAGCUAUCUUAUGGAUCAUUUACCCCUCUGGAUAGUUAUAAUGCCAGGAUGUCUUCAUUUUACUCCAUUGUUCCAAAUGAAUCUUCUCAGUACAUUGGGAUUAUCCGACUGCUUCAACAUUUUGGCUGGACCUGGAUUGGGAUCUUUACUACUGAUAAUUGGAAUGGAGAACGUUUCCUACAGAUCAUGGAGUCCUUCCUUUCCCAAUAUGGAAUCUGCUCUGCUUCAGUUCAAAGAAUUCCAUAUUUAACCCACUGGGAUAAAUUUCAGGAAAUGAUUGAGAAAGCAGCAAAUAUUUAUAACAGUAUAGCUGAUGAGAAGAUCAAUAUAUUUAUUGUCUGUGGAGACUCUUUGACAAUUGCAUGGGUGACUACUAUUAUAUUCACAAUUAAUCCUGGACCUGAGCAGAGUUUCCUGGGAAAGGUGUGGAUCAUGACUGCCCAGAUUGAUUAUUUAUUAACAGGAAUGCAAAGAAAAUGGGAUCGACAGUUCUUUGACGGUGCCAUUUUUUUUACAAUUCACUCAAAACAAAUUUUAGAGUUCAAUGAGUUCCUGAAGUCGAUAAAACCUCCUUGGAUUCAAGAAGAUGGAUUUUUUCCACUUUUCUGGGAACAAGUGUUUGAUUGUUCAUUGCCAUCUGCUCGUUCAACCCUAGUGGACAAUGACAUUUGUAUAGAAGAGAAAAAACUGGAGGACAUUCCUGGAUCUCUUUUUGAGAUGCAGUUGACUGGGCACAGCUAUAGUAUCUAUAAUGCUGUCUAUAUAUUGGCUCAAGCUUUACAUACUCUCUUCUUAUUUCAGUCUAAUCACAGGCAUUUGUGGAGGCCUAAAUUAUUAGACUAUGAGGAUGCACAACCAUGGCAGCUCCACCGAUUUCUUAAAGGCAUGAAAUUCAAUAAUUCUCUUGGAGACAGUUUGACAUUUUAUGAUCAAAAGAACAUGGAAGGUGGAUUUGAUAUCAUCAAUAUAGUCACCUUUCCCAAUUCCACUUUCCAGAGAAACAAGAUUGGAAAAGUGGAUCCUGAUGCUCUGAGUGGAAAAGAAUUAGUCAUUAAUGAGGAUAUGAUUGUUUGGCAUAGAUCAUUUAACCAGGUGCUUCCUAUCUCUCUGUGCAAUGAAUAUUGUCAUCCCGGUUUUCAGAAAAGGAAGGAUGAAUGGAAAAAAUUCUGCUGUUAUGAUUGUGUUCCAUGCCCAGAGGGAAAAAUCUCAAAUAAGAUUGAUAUGGUAGCUUACUUCCAAUGUCCAGAAGAUCAAUACGCAAACCAAGAAAGAAAUGGAUGUCUCUUGAAAAGCAUAAACUUUCUGUCUUAUGAAGAACCUUUAGGGUAUAGUUUAGCUUGUCUUGCUAUAGUUUUCUCCCUCAUUACAACAUGGGUGCUGGGAACUUUUAUUAAGCACAAAGACAGUCCUAUUGUGAAAGCCAACAACCGGGAUCUCACUUACACUCUCCUCAUCUCCCUUCUGUUCUGCUUCCUCUGCUCUUUUCUCUUUAUUGGACAACCUGGGAGAGUCACCUGUCUCCUCAGACAGUCAGCAUUUGGUCUCAUUUUCUCAUUGUCCAUUUCUUGUGUGUUGGCCAAAACGAUCCUUGUUUCUCUUGCCUUCAAGGCUACCAAACCAGGAUCUCGGAUGAGGACAUGGGUGGGGAAAAGACUGGCUGUUUCUAUUGUCCUUUUCUGCUCUCUAUUCCAAGCAAGCAUCUGUAUUGUGUGGUUGUCAACUGCUCCCCCAUUCCCAGAGUUAGAUGUGCACUCAAUCACUGAAGAAAUGGUUCUACAAUGCAACGAGGGAUCAGUUGUUAUGUUUUAUUGUGUCCUGAGUUAUAUGGCUCUCCUUUCGCUUGCCAGCUUCAUUGUGGCUUUCCAGGCUCGUAAACUGCCUGACAGUUUUAAUGAAGCCAAGUUCAUCACCUUCAGCAUGUUGGCUUUCUGCAGUGUGUGGGUCUCCUUUGUUCCAACCUAUCUGAGCACCAGAGGAAAAGCUAUGGUGGCUGUGGAGAUAUUCUCCAUUUUGUCCUCUAGUGCCGGGCUUCUAGGAUGCAUCUUUUUCCCCAAAUGUUACAUUAUUGUAUUUAGACCUGAUUUAAACAAUAGAGAUCAACUGAUAACAAGGCAUGGUUAA